AUGUUUCACAUGCUCUGCCAGGGCUACGGCUACGAGGCACGGGCAGAUGUCGUCGCUGAGCCUGCAUUUUUGACCUACCCCCGCCCCGAUCUGGGAAGCCCAGCCAAGAACCAGGCAUUCGAAGUGGCUGGGCACGAAGAACGCGGAGGGCACACCUGGUACCAAAUGAAGUGCUCCCUCUUGGCCCCGCGCUCGGUGCCCGCCCUGCGCUGGCAGGUGGAUCGGCGCCUGUCCAGUCUGCGCGAGGAGUUGCACGAUAGGAUCAAGGACGCACUGGGAUCGAGCUAUGCCACGCAGUUUGGCAAGACGCCUUUUGCGCUGAAAGGUGGUCUGCCAGGCACCACUGCGCGGCUCAAUGCCUGGUUCGGCUCCAUGGCAGAAGUUGUGAAUCGCGGCGAUGCCAAGCCAUCUGUGGUGGCGCUGCUUCUCCUCUUCCUGGAGGCACCGGAGCAAGCGGAGCAACCGGAGACGGCUGCGGAGCCCACUCAAGAGGCACCGCGCAGCUCGCCGGAGAGUGCGUAUGUCAGAGCGGCGCCAGUGCAAGUCGGGGCCGAGGACCGAACUCCCACGAGCGACCUGAGCCCUGUGGCGCACGAGGGCCAUGUGAGCGAGGAGGAGAUUGAAAUCAGCUUGGAGGAUUAG